ACAACGUGAUUUAAAAAAAAAAAACUCUUUCCGGUGGUCUCACUGUGUCUGGUCCACGUGGGUGCAGCUAGAGCUCCUGUACCGGGAACAUGGAGGCUUUAGACCGUGUGGUAAAGCCUAAAACAAAGAGAGCCAAAAGAUUUAUUGAAAAAAGGGAGCCUAAACUGACAGAAAACACCAAAAAUGCAAUGCUCAUAAAAGGAGGAAAUGCAAAUUUAACAGUAGCAGAAGUACUCAAAAAUAUUUAUGCCCUGAAAAAGCCCUUUGCUGUCUUAUAUAAAAGAAAGAAUAUUACAAGGCCCUUUGAAGAUCAGUCCUCUCUGGAAUUUUUUUCCAAGAAGUCUGAUUGUUCUUUGUUCCUGUUUGGAUCUCAUAGCAAGAAGAGGCCUAAUAAUCUGAUCAUAGGUCGUAUGUAUGACUAUCAUAUUCUGGAUAUGAUUGAACUGGGCAUUGAGAAGUUUGUUGCCCUCAAAGAUAUUAAGAACAGCAAGUGUCCGGAGGGAACAAAGCCCAUGCUGAUAUUUGCAGGAGAUGCUUUUGAUAUUGAUGAGGAACAUAGAAGGUUAAAAAGCCUUCUAAUUGAUUUUUUCAGAGGCCCCGUUGUGCCCAGUAUUCGUCUGGCCGGCUUAGAACAUGUUCUGCAUUUCACAGCAGUGGAUGAAAAGAUCUAUAUGAGAAGUUACAAGGUGUUAUUGAAAAAGUCUGGUUGUAAAAUACCAAGGAUUGAACUUGAAGAUAUGGGACCCUCAUUAGAUUUGAUGAUAAGGAGAACACAUUUGGCAUCCGAUGAUCUAUAUAAGCUGUCACUAAAGCAACCUAAAGCACUCAAGCCAAAGAAGAAGAAGAACGUCUCUCAUGAUGUCUUUGGGACAAAAUAUGGACGGAUUCACAUGCAGAAACAGGACCUGGAUAAACUUCAGACUAGAAAAAUGAAAGGUUUAAAGAAAAGACCAUCUGAAAAGAAAACUGAAGAUGGAGAAAAUCCAAAGAAACUAAAGUUGGAAUGAGAAGUUUAGACUGGAAGGAGCAUUUGAAUUUGGCUCCUCUCAAUGAAAUGCCAUAUAAACUUAAAUCUUAUCUCCUGUAAAUUUUACUAUUUUUCCUUUUUUUAAACAGUGGAGGAUCUUAAUUUUUUUUCUAAUCUGGUUUACCUGAUCUUUGAUACCUAUACUAUAGACACCUAUGUCUAUAGGUGUUUGACCUUGCCAUAAUAUUUUCCCAAUCUUUAUCAUAAAUUAUUUAGAAUAUAAAAUACAUCAAUUGUUUAUUUUUUCGGGGAUUUGGAGCAGGUUUGAUCAAAGUUAUAUAGAGCUAAAGGCUUGUCUAGAAAUGAAGAAAAAUUUCCAGAAUGUUUUGGGCCUAUAUCCUUUUAAUUUGUUGUUGGUUGACUGCUCUGAAUUAAGUCUGUAUUCUUAUUUAUCAUCAUUGCUGUUUACCAAUUUGGGUUGUUAUCUCUCCAUAUAUGCCUGGAUUUCAAGUGCCAGAAUUCUGAGCAAUAGCUAUGCUGGCUGAAAAUUCAAGAGGCAAUCCAGAGUUUGGGGGAAACUGGUUUAUGCAAUACAUUGUUUUGUCAAUCCAGAGUUCCACAUUUAAGAACAAAACGAAAAGGAAUCACAUUAGAAGCAAGUUUUUUCAAGAACUUAAAAAUGUGAAGGCACAUAGAGCUAUAAGGUUAGGAACAGCAGGUGACUUCUCUAAGUUAAUAUUUUUGGAUUACAGUAUGUAGUCUCGCUUUAGGGAAAAACAACAAAAGAUGCAGGUGUUGCAGAAAGAAAGAAAGCAAACAAUGUAGAUACCUGUAAACAAGCUUAUCCAUCAUGCUAUGAAAUACCUAUGCCCAAUUAAUGUUCAGCUAGAAAAAAAAUCCUUGCUUGGUAAGAUUUAUUUGAGCAGAGUCCAAUUCGUUAUCAAGAUAACUCCUCAGCUUCUGUAUUCAUUUCUACAUUUCCAACCCGUACAAUCCAGAGACUCUUUAGCUUACAUAAGAGUAUAAAAAAAUGCCAAGCAAAGCAUCCACAGUUUAACAACUAUAAAGAGUGAAAUAAUACCAUCCAAAUAAAACCGCAAAACAAUGAACAUAGAAAAUGAAGAUGGCAUGACAAUAUCAGGAGAAGGUUCUCCACAACAACUCUGUCCUUAAAAACCUCCAAAAUAUCAACAGGGAGGAGGCUGCUCCAUAGUGCCAGUCCUGGCCCAGAAAAGCAGUGCCUCUCAGACCUCCC